AUGACAUCUACUUUUGUUAUAUCACCUUCAACCCCAACAGGAAAUAAUCGUCGUAUCGAACUUGUUGGUAUGGACCAAUGGACCAUUGCACGCAUUGAUAAUGUAUUUGUUUAUCCAUCUGAAAUCAAUCUUGAUCGACUUAAAAAAGCACUUAAUCGAACUCUUUCUGUAUGGGCCUUUGUUACUGGUCGUGUUUUAUUAGAAAAUGAACAACAUUGCAUUAUAGAAAUAUGUGAUAAUCCUAUUCCAGUAGCAUUCGUCGUUAAUAACGACUUAAAAGAAUGGCCAUUGAAUUCCGAUGUGAUUGUAGAAGUAACGAACAGCUUAUUUCCAAUGUUUAUUGAUGGAGUUCAAGUAAUGAAUUUAUGUAAAAGUUCAACUGACGAACCACUUGUUCGUUUGAAAUUAACUCAUAUUUUACAAAGCGAUGAAUGGGCGUUAUAG